UGGAUACUGCCUGGACAAUUUGAUACUGUCUUUUUGCCACCGACAGGGAUCUGCUUGGAGGUUAAGUAGCUCUAUGCGAUAUGCCUGUUUGGUUUCUUUCAGACCUGGGAGACUAACGCUUAAGCUACCGUGUGGCAGUGACUUUUUGUCAUGUCCAACUCAGACGACAUCAACUUAUCCUGCUGACACAGUUACUGAGUACCCCCUCUCCCCCCACACUACACCCCCCCCUCAGGACACCCCCCUGACAGCCAUGGCCUCCACACGGAGCAGGGGGGAAGGAGGGCUGCUGUACUGGGGACUCAAAGUGCUCGCAGGUGCAGCAGGGGCUGCUGUGGUGGGCGCUGCCGCCUGGGCUGCCAAAAACUUCUACGAGUCUUCAGACGCCGAACCUGGGCCCCCCCAUGCACGCCCCUGGCACGAGUCCGAGGAGUCCAGCGACGAGGACACACGAGAAAAGGCGAAGGGACGUCUGCCGAGGUCCAACACAGGAUCGCCCUACAGAAAACCCCCCCAGGGGAAACAGGGCAAGAUGGACAGGAAAACCCUCCUGCACAAACUAACCCGUUUCCAUGACAACGUGGUGGAGAUUCCGCAGAACGAGGUCGACAUGGCGAAGGAGGUGACGCAAAUCGUCGCCACGGCGAUUCGAGACUUCAUCCGGACGAAGAAACCGGAGCUUCCGCUGGGCGAACUGUACGCGGACGGACACGUGUACGACGGACUAAAGGUGAUCCGAGCGGACCAGACGACGGUGGUGGUGCCCAUGAGUCUGGACGUCAACAUGUGGCAGCUGGUCCCCGGGGACGAGACCGUCCUCUGCGUCCCAGGAUGGUGCCUGAUCCGCCGGCAGAACGUCGACUACUUCCCCAUGGGCAGCAGCGGGUGGGACCACUUUGUGAUAGGGGGGUACCUGUCGCCGCGCGUGGUCGGCAAGAUGUUCACUCGGCUGGUGCAGGAGAGCAUCAACUGGCCUUCGCUCAGUCACUGCUUCGGAUUCCAGGUCCGACCGAAGAUGCGAGGGCUGACAGCCGCCCUGGACGUGUAUUACGGCAGCGACCUCCAGCACCGCCUGCGCGUGACGGUCACACCAGCCAUCCGGUUCGAGAGCCUGGAGCUGGUCGCCACGCCGCACCCCGCGCUCCUGCGGACCGAGCGCCCAGACGGCGUCGAGAGUUUCCAGAACCUGUGGCGGGAGUCGUUCAUGGAGGCGGAGAGGAUCAAGCUGGAGACUCUGGAGGACGGUGUCGGGUGUCACCGCGCCUGUCUCAGGGUCGUCAAGGCCGUCACCGAGACUAACACGGAGCUGCGGGCGAUCAGGUACGAGCACCUGCUGCACCUGAUGUUUCACCUGUGCGACAAGGAGACCAGGUGGCAACCUGACGACCUGGCAGACAGAUAUGAGGACAUGCUGCAGUACCUGCAGGGCUCGCUGGCUAAGGGGGCGCUGCUGCACUACUUUGAUGAGAGCGUGAACCUGUUUGCCGACGUCGACACGGAGACGCUGCAGACCGCGCACCGCGUCUUGACCCUGGCCGUGGCGCACCCCGCAAGCCUGCUGCGCAGAUGAGACACCUGCAACACCUGCAGCUUACCUGGGACACCUGUACAACACCUGCAACACCUGUACAGUUGUACAUACCUGUAAAACACCUGUACAACACCUGUGGCUUACCUGUACAACACAUGUAGCUUACCUGGGACACCUGUACAACACCUGUAGAGCUGUACAUACCUGUAAAACACCUGUAGAGCUGUACAUGUGCAGAGAUGAGGCGCCUGUGACACCUGCACACACCUGGGACACCUAUACACACCUGUAGCACACCUGGGACACUUGUACAGACCUGUAGCACAGCUGUAUAUACCUGUACAUUUACGGAGAUGAGACACCUGCACAACUGUUCACCUGGGCUACCUGUAACAGCUGUGCAGAGCUGACACACCUGAGACACAUGUAUAUACCUGUAGCACACCUGUACAGCUUUGCUUAGAAAUACCUGCAUUACCUGUAUAUACCUGUAGUACAUCAGAUUCUGUAAAACUGUGCAGAGAUGAGAAACAUGGACUACCUGGAUAUCACACCUGUAAAACACCUGUACAGUGGGACACCUGCGCUACUCUCUACCUGCUUCAGGUGCAAUAAAGGCUUUUUAUAUGAUAGCAAACUACCACAAGUGACAAUGUGUGGGCAAACUGCCACAAGUGACAAUGUGUGGACAAACUGCCACAGGAGACAAUGCAUGUGUGGGCAAACUGCCACAAGUGACAAUCUGUGGGCAAACUGCCACAGGAGACAAUGCAUGUGUGGGCAAACUGACACAAGUGAAAAUGUGUGGGCAAACUGCCACAAGUGAAAAUGUGUGGGCAAACUGCCACAUGUGAAAAUGUGUGGGCAAACUGCCACAGGUGAUAAUGUGUGGGCAAACUGCCACAAGUGAAAAUGUGUGGGCAAACUACCACAAGUGACAAUGUGGAGGCAAACUACCACAAGUGACAAUGUGGAGGCAAACUGCCACAAGUGACAAUGUGUGGGCAAACUGCCACAGGUGGCAAUGUGUGGGCAAACUGCCACAAGUGACAAUGUGUGGACAAACUACCACAAGUGACAAUGUGGGGGCAAACUGCCACAAGUGACAAUGUGUGGGCAAACUGCCACAAGUGACAAAAACAUUUUGGCAGCUUCACAUUUAAGAGCCAUUACCUAAACUAUUUAUUAUUGAGAAAUGAUAAUAUAGUCACAGUAAGUAUAGUAUAGAAAUAGAUAAAUAUGUCCAUAUUUGUGUAUAUAAUGUUACACCUGUUAAUAAAUCCCAAAGUUAACAAAUUGUCGGGUGUCUCAUUUUAAUUUAUGAUUUCUC